AUGGAGGCGCUGGAGCAGUACCGAUCACACCGAGAUCUCCGUCGAUUAGUGUUGCGUGAUGCCGGAGACACAUAUAGGGACGUCUCCAUUAUCUACCUCGAGGAUAAGUACAAAAACAGCGACGAUAGGGGCCAUUUAAGCGUCCGACCCGUGGUCAGCGAAGAAGAGGACCAAAGUAUGUGGGGAUCAGUCGUCUCGUUUCUAGGCUUUCCUUCACAAGGAAGCCAGGAGGUGGCUAAGUAUCGCGCAAAGAAUCCACUCGGUCUGCGCGUGUUCGAGUCGCGAGCGGAAACUCUUGAACCUCUCGUGCCGGAGGAGAUAGAUUUGGUCGGCCCACCGCCAUCUUCGAAUGGUCACAGUGCCGAAGAAGAUGAGCGAGGUCGAGCAUCCAGCCCACAUCAGCUAGCGAACAGAUCCCUAAGUGCACAGACGGCGGAAAGACGACAUGCGAGAAGACCAGAAAGAGAGAGUGUAAAAAUGCCUUUCUUGGCGGCUGUCGCGCACCGGGUGAAAAGGCGGCUUGAUCUGGGGUGA